CCACUAUCGCUCAGUUGCCCGUGAAGCUUGUUCGAAGGUGGACUGCGGAAGAGUGGACUCGAAGAAAAACUGGAUUCACAAGGUGUAUUUUUUUAUUACGCCAUGAUAGAUGUAAUAAAGGAAAGUUGAUAAUUAGUAAAAACUCGAGUGUGUGCCCUAUAAUAUGCCCAAAGGAAUUGCAGUUAUUUGGCUGUCCAGUGAGAUCCUGCGUGGUUGAUUUGGACAUUAUACCUGGUAUGAAAAUGUCCAUACUAUGAUCAACUAAACACGAUAUAGCAAACUGACUCAAGCAUGUUCACAGCAGUGGUAACAGGUUUGGUGAUUUUCACCAUCGGACAAGCCUCGCCUCCUGCCCUGGCAGCCGAAGUUCCUAACGUAACAUUUGAUAAUGUCACAUCAAUACCGUUAACAACCCAGGAUGUACCUACAACACAAGAGCUUCAUUCGUCCAGUGUGGAAGACUCGGCCCCUGGAGUGAAAGAAGCCGAUCAUGCCGAAGCUGAUCCCGUCGUCCCUCGGCCGGCGUCUCAGAAAAGCCCUCCUGAAGGACCCACGGGGAUCACGACCGACCCGCCCACCCUGGGAGGGUCAGCCGUAGAUGUGUCAACCGAUGUACCUGAUCCCAACUUCGUCACUCGUUCACCCUUCGUCUCCGAAGAGAUCAGUACGACUUGGGAUCCUGAUAUAACCGCAGAUGUAGUUACAACUGCCAGCGAUGAGACAAGCGACACCACGACGGAGGGGGCAGUGGAAGGCGUCAGCAAGCGAGGGACAGUCGUCAGCUGCUUCUGCGAUGCCGACCAAGUUUAUGUCGAUGGCGUUUGUCAACCAUACCCAGAGGGAACUGUGGUCCACAUGCGGAAAAAAAUGAAUGAUUUUAGAAUUAUCCUGACACCCAUGGCUGAAAGGCGAGUGAUAGUGAAAGAUCUGGAGUGCGACACAGAAAAUGGAGUCAGAACGCUUACCUUCUCAAGAGGACAGUUUCGAAUAAGAGAUCGCGGUGACAUCGUGCUAAUGGAAAAAGCCGGAGAACUCGACGGUCUCCGCACCGGAGAUUACUGUAUUACUCACUCUUUGGAUGAACUCAGAAAGCUCACCUGGACCGUGAAGAUCUGCCUGGACCCACCAAUUAUACCACGAUGCUGCCCACCAGGUCAGGCCAUGAAAGACAAUGUGUGUCGGCCGGCUCGUACGCCAGAGCCUCUGGCACCCCCGAUCUCUGCAGAUCCGUACGGGCCAGCUAUAUCAUGGCCCCUUAUAAAGACCUAUGAAAAGCCCCUCUAUUGUAGUGAGGAACCCAUGAAGGAUCUACCACUGAUACCCAGAGUCUCCUACUUAGCAUCGCACACCAACGGCUUGGUCCACAUAUGGAACGCUGAAGACACCAAUUACAAGUUUCAGUACAGAUUCGACCCCAAAUACUGCGUUGACGGGAGGCAGAAUCUCGAUGGAUCGGCAUCUUAUUCAGUAAAGGUGUGCUUCGAAAGUCCUAUGGAGCAGUAUCAAAGAUUGUGUACCGGAAACGUCUGUGUGCGAAAAUGUUGUGCAAUGGGAGAAAUAAUGGACAACUAUUUGCACAUGUGUGUUUCGAGUUCAAAGGCAGAGUUCGCACCGCGCAUGAACACCGUGUACAACACCGUGAUAGGCCAACCCUUAUGUGACCCAUACACGCCUAUUACAGACUUCCUAUUGUCACCAGACACGGGGCACCUCGCCACGUGGAACAUAACCCUACCACCGAGUGACUACUGCAUUGACAAGUUUUCUGACCGAGAAGGCAGGAUCAGUGACGGUGCCUUAGCAUGCAUCGAUUUGUUUACAACCUGGGAAAGGGCUAAGAACGUCGUGUUCCCUAUCUGCAUGACCAUUUCCUUGGUAUUCCUUCUCGUAAUAAUCGUCUGUUACUGCGCAGCUCCCAUAAUGUUAAAGAACAGCGGGUGGUAUCACUUGUGUCAUGUGGUGUCACUCAUCAUUGCAUAUUUCUCUGCCGUGAUAUUGCAGUUCCUCAACAAUGUUCUGAACCCAACAAGCUGUAUCGGAUUUGCCGUUUUAAUGCAGUUUGGAUACCUGUCAGCAUUCUUCUGGCUCAGUGUCCUUUGUUUUGAUGUCUGGAGAAUAUUCAGGAGUCUCAACAACAGACUGCGUCCACCCCGUCCCAUCCCCCCGUGUGUGUACCAUAUUUAUGCCUGGAGUGGACCUCUCGUGAUAUGUUCAGUCACACUGGGAUUGCGGUUUGCGGAUGUAGAUGACAUUCCUUGGCUCAUUAAACCACAAUUUGGGAAAUACAAGUGCUGGUUUGGAGAGGAUAUGGAACAGCUUGUGUUUUUCUACCUAUACAUUGCCAUCCUGUUAUUUGCCAAUUGUCUCUUCAUUGGGCACACAUAUUUGGUUAAGAGAAAAAUGGAUGCGAGUUUGGCGGCGCUGAGGGGUGACCGGGAUGGGAAUGGAACGAGAACGGCAACUGUUGUACACACCAAACGGAACUACUACUCUGAAUUCAAAACGAAGUUCUUGUUACUGGCUCUCAUGUCGAGCUGCUGGGUGACAGAAGUUCUGUCUUGGCAAAUUCCACCAGCAGAGCUUUGGGCUCUCACCGAUAUAUUCAACACUCUCCAGGGUUUCUUCAUAUUCGUCAUUUUCAUGCAAGACAGACAGAAACGGCAGCACCUCAAAGAGAAAUUCCCGAACCUUUUCAGAAUUUUCAAGAACAUCAUUUUAACCUUCGGGAAACUGAAACAUUUUCUUGGGUGUUCUCCCUGCUCAGUCGGAACGUUCUCGCCGUACACCUACAUCUCAACACUCAACAGAAAGCUUUCCUCGUCAUCCAUUGUCUCAAAUAUCUCAACCCUUUCGUCCUCCAUCAAAAUAAGCUCCUCAUCUGUAUUCAAUGUAGGUAGUGACAAGAGCUCUCCACAAAGGUCCGAGUCGUUUGACAGCGACAAUGGCAUCGUCACCCUCUCACACACUCCCAUAUCGGAAACGAGCAGCAUUUCUUCAGGCAGCAGUGUUAGCAACGUCUCCCACUGUUAGCGAACAAGCCCCGAGGCCUCUUAGACUUGCAUGAACCUAGUUGCUGCAAAAAAAUGUCAGCAUUGGACAAAAUAUUUCUUUGCCAGAUCUCAUUACCUGAUGGUAUUUUAAAACUGCGAAUGCUGUGUACGACUCCUUUUCCACGCGGCAUUUCGUGGCCACCACUUUUUACCCAAUAUCAAAAUUCAUUAGCCAUAUUAUUACAAUGUAUUUUCACCGGUAGAUUGGAAACUGAACAGUUCUCCAGUAUUUGCAAAAUAAUCAGUUAUACAGUUUACUAAUUUAGGAAAAUUAGAAUUAGUCAACUCAAAUUAUAUUUGUUUUCGUGCUGUUAUAAUAAUUUUAGAUCUACCUUUAGUAGCUAAGUACUGAAUUGUACUUAUGUAGCCUAUGAAGAAAGAGAAUUGUUAUUCUUAUUGUCAUAUGAACAUUGGCUGUGAACCAAGAUGUUUAUAUGUUCCGAAAAGUACAAUAAUACACAUAUGGAUAUAUGUGUUUGUGUGUGUCUGUGGGUGUGUUUGUGUGCGUAGAUGUGUCUAUAUGACAGGGGUGACCGACCAGUGUGCUGGGACACUGGAUUUUUAGAAGUGGAGCAAGUAUGGUUGUAAAUAUUGAUUAUUUUUAGCGAUUUUAUUAUUGCGUCAUUUUGUUCUCAAAUGUUAUCUUCCUCCAUGCACCCACCAAUCCUUUGUUCGUUAUUGUCAUGGGGGGGGGCGCUUAGGAAACGGAGACUUGAGCCCAGUGUAGGGGAUCCUCCUGCCUUGGACCUCAACCAUCGCCCCAACUAAUUCUGUAUGAUCUGUUCUUCUCCCACUUUCCCUUUCCUUCUCUUUUUCAUCCACUUCUUAUGUCCACUUCCUAAGGCGUGAGAGCUGUGCUGAGAGGAUGAAAGGCUGGCUUUGUACUCUGUUUGCUCUCUUUACCUUUUUUUCAUUACCACGUUAACUUACAUCGCUCUAUAACCUUUGACAUCUAACUUGUUUUGUCCUAAUUGUUAACUCAUUUUUACCCUAUUUGCCACAAUGCUUUAUCAAAGUGCUUAAUGACCAUUGGUGUAUGUCUGUUGUAAUCAUUGGUCAUUCUGGGAAUCCACAAACAUCACUUUA